UUCCCAGCCAGACGAGGGCGAUAGUAAAGAUUUCAGCUCAUCUCUCAUUCGCGUAACGUCACAAAACAGCUAGUGUUGCACGUUGUAAACAGAACUCGAAGUGUUGUUUUCAAGCUCGAGGUUAUCCUUGCUAUCCGAUUGAAUUAAAAUGCAAUUACUAAUGGACUGAGCUAACAGACAAGAUGGUUGCGUUUUAUUGUGCAGUAUGCAGACAAUCCGAUUUCAGUGGGAAAGGACAUAUCUUUGGGAAAAGUCAUCAAGCUAAACUAAAAGUGGUUCUCGUGAAGUUCUUGGAGAAGGUGAAAGAAGCCCGGCGAACCAUUAAAAUCCCACAAGUGGAGAAGUACUCGAGUACUGAACACCAAUGCAACUUUUGGUGUUACUGCUGUGCGCUCGAGGUGCCAAAGCAUGUCACAAAUGGAAAUCUCACCGUGUUGUUCGGUGGUUUGCUGGAGCACAUGAGCACUCGAGAGCACAGAACAAGUACACACAAGUUUUGGUGGGAGAAUAAAGCUGACCCGAAGCUCAGGGACAAAUGUAUCAUACCCUCAGAAGAGGUCGAUAGGUUUAAAGAAGAGGUAGCCAAAGCUCUGGAAAACUUCGAAGAGAAAGAGGAUGUACACAUCAAAGAGCAAGCUGCCGUCAUAAGAGCCCAGGAGCAACAUCGCUUUGAUGUUCUUCAUUCGGUCAUUGAGUGUGACCCAGAAUUGGAACAAUCUGCUGAACAAGCUCAACAGGAUUCUGAGAUCUUGGGCGGCUCUCAUUUAAGGUCCCAAGGGCAAGAAGACCAACCAGGGCCCAGCUGGGUUGAUCCAGUGGUGAAGAGGCGGUGGUCAGGCACUGAGAAUGGCUUGACCUUCAUCGGCUAUCAGGAUUCCUCGAGCAGUGGGAAUGUCCACACCGGAGCCAUUCCUCCAUGGAUGCAAGAGGACCCUCAGGAGACAACAGUACAGGACAUUGGGCCAUCACUGCAAGACUUCUUGAAGCAAAAAGAGCAAGAGAAGCUGAAGAAACUCCCACCUGAUCGGGUUGGAGCCAAUUUUGACCACAGUUCACACACGGAUCCGAACUGGCUACCAUCCUUUGGCCGGGUGUGGAACAAUGGCAGACGAUGGCAGUCCAGGCAUCAGUUCCAUGAGGAGGAAGGAAAGACUGGGCGACGGAAGAGGAAGAGUGGCCUUAGGGGGAAAGGUGGAAAGAGGGCAAGGAAGUUGAACCACACUGUCAGUGACACGUAGUUGCUUGGUAAAUGUAUGUAUUUGUCAAUGGCUUAAAACAGUUAAGUUUACUGUGAUAGGGGUCAUAGUGAUCCAAGCAUAAAGGGUCAAGAUGCUGCAUCACACCGGACAGUGUAACACUAAUAGUCGUCAGCUGACACGCUAUGGCACAAACAUUGUUGCUUGUAGAAUCUGCAUUAUUAGGCUUCGUUUUGUUUUUUAUUUCAACUAUAUCAGUUGUACACAUGUGUAUAUUUAAUUAAUUGUUGUUUUGGUUUUAAACUACUCAGUGCAUUGGGCAUUACCCAAGUGUCCAGAAAUGCAACUUCAUGUAUAUAGUGUAUUGUACCUGCAAUGUUUUUCAUUCAUAAUGAUGGGAGGAUGCAAGAGGUUUUGUCGCAAUAUUUGGAAAAAUGUCUUGAGGAGCAGUCUGAUUAAUAUUUAUUUGUAUGAAGAAUGUAGUGUCAUUUUGCAGUGGCAGUGUGUUUUUACAUCUAUAGACUGUUUCAGAUCAUUCUUGAGAUGGAGUGAAGAAAAUGAAGACACAAGUUUGUUUUAUGUUUGACAUUGUAUCAGUUUCAAAUUUAAUAGAAUCUCUCAACUAAAGUUAUUCAUGAUUUCAACAGAAAGCCAAAGAUCAUAAUAGUGUUCUUCAUAAAAUAUAAUACCUCAUGAACAUCUAGACAAAAUAAUAAAAAUACAGAUAACAUUAAUAUUUAGGGAAUACCUUGCAGUCUUUUAUUUUUUUCGUCUUAGUAGUUUAUGUUAAAACAGUACAUAAGGUGUAGAAAGCAGAAGAGCACGUUCAAGGACUCCUCUGGUGAGAGAUGCAGUGUUCAUAAUUACAAUUUUACAUUUAAAAUAAACCAUACAGGUCAUUUCAUAA